CCUCACUCUAACCCUAACUACUCUAAACCUCACACGUUCCACUGAAUCAUCGCUGCUAUCCAUUCCAAAUCUUUGAGGAAAAGGAUAAGUUUUAUGGUGGAAUGUCAUUGUACGAGAAUACUCUCCCGUUGGAGGACACAGUCGCCCUCGACAGCCCCAUUAGAGAAUACGGGCUGCAGAGUAUUGAUAUGAACACUCAGGUUUUGGAUGGAUGUGAAUCAGCUCAACAAUUGGGUGUUCAGAUGAAUGAUUCCUUUGAGAAAGGCAUAGCGCUUGAUAGUGAUGAUGAAGGGGAGAAUCGAUAUAAGGCUGGAAGUUCAGCGAAUGAGUGCUGUGGUGCAACUGGAAGGCUUUCUGGCAGGGGUGGUGGUAUAGUACUGCUGAGACGACAGCAGGCUCCAGCAGAUUAUUUCCGGAGGCUUAACAAGGUUAAGAAGCAUGUGUUAGGUCGUCUUGAUUCAGAUAUAAGUGGAAGGAGUGAUGAAGAAACUGCUGCUGAGAGGAUUGGUCCCAGGGUCUUCGCCAGUUCAUCAGAGCAAAAGCUAGUUCCAAUGAAACCAGUAAAUACAGAGGAAAAAUUACUCAAGGUAACGUUGUCCCCAAAAGAGUCCAAGUACAUGGAUGUGGGGAAGGAUACAAAUUAUGACAGUAAGCGCGCGGAGUUGAAUGCAUCUUCACAAGUUUCAGAGUCACGAGAUAAGGCCCUGCGGUUUGUAGAAAACUACCUUUCAGUUUGUGAUUUGGGCUCACAGAAACACAUCCCAAGUAGAAAGACAGACAUGAUUAAAUCACCUCCUUGUUUGAGAGUAAAAGGUGCUCAAAGCUUGGCUAGGAGACUAACUCUUGAAUCAACUGCUAGCAAGUUAGCAACUUUUGACUGGGCUGAUAAGCAUAUUGAUGAGACUGAGUACGCCUCACCAAGACUGGGUGAGGAUUCAGCCUUUGAAUAUAUAGGCGACAAACCCGGUUCCAUAACUGUUAAUCAAGAUUCUACCAAUGUUAAGUUGCAAAAUGAGAUCUCCAAUCUUCAGUCAGGAGAGAAGUUGCCUGAAAAUAUGUCAAUUCCAAAUAAUUUAGAUACAGUUUGGUUGAGCUCCCACGAGUCAGAAAAAGUAGGAUCAAAUCCUGGAAUGUUCAUUGCACCUGAUUCCAUGGAGUUGGAUGAGCAGCUUGAUGCUGAAAUAUCAAGGCAGAAUGCGGAGAAUGUGGAUCAAUUAAGGCUUACACCAGAUGAGUUAUGCAUUGGUCUGGACACUCAAAUGGCUGCUGAAGCUAUGCAAGAAUUAGUACAUGCAAGUCCUCCAAGGGUUGAUGCUUGUGUCACUCAUCAAGGUUCGAACAACCCACUUUUGAACUCUUCUAAUGUGUUAAAUAAUGAGAGUAAAUCAAAUGGGGCCAGUGUCAAAGUGGCUUUUGUAGAUUGGAUAUGCAAAGAGAAACGCUCAAAAACUAUGAAAAAUUCUUUUUUCCACGACAGAACUUCAUGUAGGGUGGCUGCAAAACGAGAUAAGAACCAGCUGAAAACUGUUUCUCGACCUCGGGUACGCAAAAGUUUGACGACCAAGAAAUUGAUGUCUGAGGAGCUCUUCAAUGACAGUACAAAAAUGACAAUAAAUGGAAAAACUGCAGCACCUUCGAGAAUCACUCUGCAGCAAGAGGAAUAUGGAAUUGCUGAAAAAUGUAGCUUUAAAGAGUUUCAGAAACUUAAUCGUGCAUGUAGCAGGCGUCCAAAUGAGACUGCUGAUGCUAUCAAGUAUGACCCCCCUGCGAAAGGAAAAAAGAUAAGCAGUAGCUUUCGCAAAGGUUCACAAAAAAGAGAUGUAAGUCGGACCUGCCUGAAGUCAAAUUCUGGUUCAUCUCUUGAAGUGGUUACAGGCACUGCAAAAGACAAAGAAAACUCUUAUCCGGAUGUGGCUAAUACAACUCUCUCACGGUCAAACCCAUGGGUCUAUCCAAAGGGGAAAAGAACACGUGUGUUCACACCGCACCAUACAGUUAGCUUAAGAAACCAAAGUUUUGCAUUUUCCUCAUCUGAUAUUAAUCUGAAAAAGCUAGCUGUAGAGGAAACAGUAGGCAGGGUGGCAAAGCUUAUAGUCCAGAAGAGGCGGCAGAAAGUGUCAUUAGGGAGGGAACAUGCAGGAAGUUCUAUAAAGUUGGCUAUUGAUGUAAGUUCACCUGUUACUGAUAGUGCAGUUCCAGGGAGAGAAGUAAAGAUUCCUGUUGAAUCUGAUUCCAAUAAACCAGUAAAGCAUAAUGAAACUGCAAAUGAUGCCUUAGUUCACAUGAAAGUAGACUUAUUGUCAAAGGGGCAAUCAGCCAAAAGAAAACGAUUAUCAUUGAGCCCUCUUUCAAGAUCUCCCCUAAUGAAAGAGCUUACGAGAUUGGGUUACCCUGAUUCAAUGCCUGAUUUUCUGCCAAAAGAUUCAAGAAGAAGAAGAGCUACAGAGAAAGUUUGUGUUUUGUUCAGCCAGAACUUGGACACAAGCAAACUUAAGCAGCAGAAAAGGAUUGUAACACGAUUGGGAUUUUCAAUCGCAUCAUGUUCCUCUGAUGCAACACAUUUUGUAGCUGAUAGAUUUGUACGGACAAGGAAUAUGUUGGAAGCCAUUAGUCUUGGCAAACAUGUGGUGACACAUUUAUGGCUUGAGAGCUGCGAACAAGCUGGCUAUAAUGUUGACGAAAAGAGUUACAUCCUCAGAGAUGAGAAAAAGGAGAAAGAAUUUGGUUUCAACAUGCCUGUUACACUCAUGCGUGCCAGUAAGCAACCACUUUUGAAGGUGAUGCAUCAAUUACAUUUUGAAAGAAGCAUUACAGUGAAAAUGUGUGCUUUAUGA